AUGAAUCCUGAACAGCCGCGAAGAGCGGCGACUGUGCCUCUGCCUGUUCCCCAAAACCAUCAGAAUCCGCCACCAGCUCCGCCUCUGCCUCCACAACAGCGAGCCCGCAAUGCCCUGAACAGAUUUCUAGGAUUCCCUGCCAGAGCCGCUGAUGCAGAUGGCGAUGGGCGCGAUGGCACCGGUCCAGGGCUGAAGGAUAUGCAGAGACUUCCUAGUCUAUCAGCGUAUAAUGCCAGCGCUAGCCAUAAAACCGGGCUAGAAAUCAACUCCUUAUCCAUCAACGAUGAGGGAAGUCAUGCGAUUCUUGCUGGACGGGACAUUCUCAAAACAAUUCGCGUUGAUGAGGGAAGCUGUACAGAAGACAUCAAUAUUCGAGCUGCCAUCCGUAACUACAGUGCGCACACCUCUGGGAGGUCANAGGACAAUAUCAACAUCUCAGAUGUUGCUUGGNGAAAGGGCAAUUUCGGCAACUAUAUCGCCGCUGCAAACGCCAACGGACCCAUCACGCUAUAUGACCUCAAUCAUCCUGGUAUCGAAGUUGCGCAGCUAAAAGAACACCGCCGACAAAUCCACAGAGUGACGUUCAAUCCUCAUGCUGGCCAGCAUUUCCUUUCUGCCAGUCAAGAUGGAACUGUCCGACUGUGGGACCUCCGCGAUGUGAGACGGGAUGCCAACACUUUUCCAAGCAGGUUCACCACCAGCGGCCAGAAUGAGGGAGUUCGGGAUGUCAAAUGGUCCCCAACAGACAUCUUCGAAUUAGCCAUGUGUACGGAUGGUGGCUUCGUUCAAAGAUGGGACACUCGCAAGCUCAAAAGUCCACUAACGCGUAUCGCCGCUCAUACUGGCCCGUGCGCGACGAUUGACUGGCAUCCGGAUGGUAAACAUCUACUCAGCGCCAGUUCGGACAAGACUGUGAAAGUCUGGAACAUCUCUGCUGAGGGUAGAAGACACAAGGCUGUUUACGAGAUCAAGACACCACAUCCUUUGCGUCAUGCUAGGUGGAGGCCAUCUUGUCAGUCAUCGUGGCCAACAGGUCGGGGCUCUAGGCAGUGUACUCAGAUUGUCACAUCCUACGAGCGUGAUCAUCCCAUCGUGCAUAUCUGGGAUUUCCGAAGACCUUGGCUACCCUUUCGAGAAAUGGAAGGCUACCAGACCGCCCCAACAGAUCUUUUGUGGCAUUCUCAAGACUUGCUGUGGACAGUCAGCAGGGAGGGUAUGUUUCUGCAGCAUGAUAUCAAAUAUGCUCGCAAAGUCAUGGACAAACGCAACAUGCAAGCCUUUGCUAUCUCCCCGCUUGGAGAAUUUAGUUUGGUGAUUCAGAAGAGAGCGACCCGCCUUAGACCAGGUCUCAAUCGUGACGAUAGCGAAGCGUUCAUCCGUCAACGGCGAUCUGGUCUGUCACCUUCUGAGACGAUUGGACAAGGCAACACAUCUAGUCGAGGAUCUCAUGACGAUACCAUAGACGACACUUUUCUAAGCAGUUCUUAUGGCAAGCGCCAUACAAGAUCUCCCAGUGCUAGGAUUGGUAAGUCGUCUAAUGGAUCACCACCAGCAUAUGAUGUGAAUUCUACUCGAACAGUCAGUCUCGAAGACGUCCUGAAAGCGGGACGAGCAUAUAAGCCAGGGCAAAGCGCCGCUCGCGGCCGUCUGCCUGGUAGCCCAAACCUGUUGCUCCUUCAAUAUUUCGCCAAGCAGUACACAACACGAGUUCUUCCCGAACCUCCUUCAGUCGAUGCGUUCUUGACAGUACACGAGGUCUUCGAGCACAACGCAAUUCACGCUCAGAAGGCAUCACUAUAUCGCUUGGCUCAGUCAUGGAGGAUGAUGGGUCGAGCAGUUAUGACAGAGCUGCUAAACAGAGCGAAUCACCACCGCAGACUAAGAGUAAAGAACGAAUCCGGGCCUCGCAAGAGCUUGCUAGACGAGUCGCCCUUUGCGAGAAGGACCAGAAAAUGGCUUGGGUCAACAGAGCGCAGGCUGAGCUCAAAGCCUGGCACACCCUUGAGCCGACCACUCAGAACGAUGGAGUCACUCUCGACUGUUCAGCCCGACAGUACCUCAAAUGUUCCCACACCGAUUGCAAGACCUGUAAAAGACAAACAUGAGUCAGAGCGAGCUUCGCUGAAAGAGAUUGAUAAGGACGAAAGUCUUACGCUGCCACCUUCGCUCCUGACUCCUUCAGAGAUUCAACAAAACAUCGAGGAACAGAGCCGAGCUACAUUGCAGGCAGUCGAUCACCGAGGCAUCGAGCAUCGUAACUCUUGGUAUGGCUCUGUACAAAACUAUCAAGAGAAGCGAGAGUCGAUCAGCAAUUGGAGACAACCUCUUAAAGAGCCGCUCAAUCUGGAGGACGGGCCUAACGAACGGCCUAAACCUACAAGAUACAACUCUGACGAGAGUUUUGGCAUGUUCCCAUCUUUGUCUUCUCGGGAUGCUUCGGGACCUGCUUCUUCGGUCGCUAGCAGAUCAGAUCUCAUGGAAGCCGUGCAAGAAAAUCUCCGAUCAGAGGGGUCGUACGGCUCGAUGAAUCUGGGAAGCAGUUCAUCUUCUGAGCCUAUCUUGGGUCGAAGCUAUCAGGCCAGACAGGGUAUCCUUGAGGAUCAAAGCCAGGGAUCUGUCGUUGUAUCUUCAUCCGAAAGCGACCGUGGAGGGUCUGUGAAGGUCCCUGCACCCACGGAGAACAAAGAAGCUCCAGCAAGAGACAUACCUCGAGACAUGCAAACUCUUGCCUUGAACAACCAGCAGAGCUUCAUAUCCGAGAUCGACGCUUUUCCCAACCACCGGAAGCUUUCUGAUGAAGCCGAGAAUAUGGAAGCUAGUGGCACUAUCAUUCCGCACCGGCAUUCAAGGCAGCUAGGACGAUCGAGAGAAGGAUCUAUAACCAAGCCAACGACACUCGCGCACACCACAGAGAGUGCACCAGCCGUGAUGCCCACCAAGAAUGCUGCUGUCGACUCGACAAAAACACCGUUCAUCACAGCCGAUUUCCUGACAUCUGACUAUAAUGUCGACAGCGAAAAGGACAAACCAUUCCGUGUGAUAGACAUGCUCAAUCACCUACUCGACCAUCAUACUGUGAAAGUGCCUGACGCACAAGCAGCGACCAACUUUAUCUUCAUGUUGGCACCCCUGCUUCCAGCGACCCAUGCACUCUCACAAGCAGAUAUCGAUGCGACCAUUACUGUGUACAGCGAAUACUUUACGGCCAUGGGAUACAGCGAUAUGGAGAUCUACAGCUUGUUCUCGACUUCAUUUGAACAUCUCAUCAAGGCUGGGCUGCAACCUCUACAAGCAGAAAGCAUCAUCAGCACCUAUCACAGCCAACUGCAGCAUCUUGGAUUGUUCAGCAAUGCCGCAUAUAUGCGCCGUGUCAGCUAUCCCAUGUAUCCAUCGGUCUACGAGGCCGGCUUGAAAGACACUCAAGUCAGCUUCAUGUGCGGUGCCUGCAAGAAACCCAUCAACACUCCCAAUAAGAUGCGCUGUGAAACUUGUAUGCAGCGUCAAGAUCCUUGUCCAAUCUGCUGGAGUGACACAAGUCCAUUCGAGGGUUCUGCCAAAAUAAAGGUGCGAGCAGGAGGCGAUCGAACUUCUAUAGUCGAGCCCUUUAUUCGGCCAGCAAGUGCCGGAGACGACGACGAGACUCAACAAACCACCAUUGAAGAUGCCCAGGUACAGAAGAAUGCCUUGUACUCUACUUGCUUGCUUUGCAACCAUUCAGCUCAUGCAGCGUGUCUGCGUACCUGGCACUCACCACCUCCAUCCCAUAUUGAUGUUUCUCCAACCUCUGUGUCAACCUCCGAGGGCGCUUGCCCCACUCCAGGCUGUCUCUGCGCGUGCACACCGGGACCUCAACGAAAUGAGUUGUUGGACACUGUCGAGCGAAGGGAAAGGGAGAAAAGUGUACGUGAUGAUGACUGGAUCGUGGCAGAGUCGAGGGCUGCGCAGACAGCUGCUACGUUGGCGGGUGGCAGGAAGAAGAGCGGACUGAGUAUUACAACGCCAAAUGAAGAGAUUGGCAGUGGCAGGCGAGAGAGAAAGAGCGUCGGGUUUAAGAAAGGCUAG